AUGUACCGAUCGGCAGCGAGGCGUUUGCUACCGGCGUUACGCCGGCGAACUGGUCACCCUCCGAACCAGGCGUCUACGGUUCCUUUCUCAGCCCCAGUGAUAAACAGGCCGGCGUGCUCCACGGCUGCUACCUCCGAAAAUACUCAGCAUCCCAACCCUAAUAAUUUCGAUUUUUCCUACCAAUCGUCAUCGAAUGAAGGUGAAAAUCCCAGAGUGGAGGACCGCCCUAAAGCUCAGUGGCAGGACGAGCAGGCGCGCGUUCUUCACGCCUCUCUCCGUCACGUGUAUUUCAUGGAUGAUUGUCUGAAAAGGUUAAUUGACACAAUUGAUUUGCGAGAGGACUUGAAAAACUUACUCCCCAGAAACCGUGUGGCCAAACUUGUUCAAAUCCGAUUAGAAAUGCAGGCUCCCUACAUUUCAAAGUGGGCUCACGCACUCAGUAUACAGGCACAACCUCCGAAUAUUGCCACAAGCUUCAAGCAGAGAGCUAUGCUUGUUGAUGAGAUUUGGGAUGCUGCUGGUGAUGAGUCCACUGAUACUGAUUGGUAUGUGAAGCGCACAGUCCUUGGUGGAAUAUAUUCUACUGCUGAGUUGUACAUGCUAUCUGAUAAUUCCCCUGACUUUCGGGAUACUUGGGCAUUCUUGGAUGGACGGGUUAAAGAAGCAUUUGAUUUGAAAAAGACAGUUCAAGAGGCUAAGUAUUUGGUUGAAGCAGUGGGAGCUGGGAUGGGAGGUUCUGUGGAAGGAUUUUUCAAGAGUUUUCUCAAGCGAUAG